CCCAUAUCUCCCUGGAAUCCUUUUUCAUGUGCUUCGGGUGCAUAUAAACUCGACUCCACCCACACGCUCCUGGAAAGCCCCCUCUCUCUCAUGCCAAGCGCACACACCUCCUGCCUUUCCUCUACCUCAUAGCAAUAGCAUCCACCUCCUCCUCCAUCAGGCAAAACACACGCUCGCUCUUUCUUCUCCGAUGGCGGUGGCGAUCGCGGAGGCUCCCUUCCAUGUCUUGGCCGUGGAUGACAGCGUCCUCGACAGGAAGCUCAUCGAGAGGCUCCUCAAGACAUCUUCUUUCCAAGUUACCACCGUGGAUUCUGGGACCAAGGCUCUCGAGUUCUUGGGGCUCCAUGACGAGGACGCCUCCAUUUCUUCUGUCCAUGCAGACCAGCUGGACGUCGAGGUGAACGUGAACCUCAUCAUCACUGACUACUGCAUGCCUGGGAUGACAGGGUAUGAUCUGCUCAAGAAGAUCAAGGAGUCGUCGUCUUUCAGGGACAUCCCGGUUGUGAUCAUGUCAUCGGAGAACAUACCUUCCAGAAUCAACAGAUGCCUGGAGGAAGGAGCAAAUGAGUUCUUCCUGAAACCAGUACGGCUAUCAGACAUGAGCAAGCUCAAGCCCCACAUAAUGAAAAGCAGAUGCAAGGAGCACUGCCACCAGGACGAAGACCUGCUAAGCAACAGCGAGACCAACCCCACAAACAACAGCAGCAGCAGCAGCGAUACCAUUACCAUCAGCAGCAGCAACCCCACGGACAACAGCAGCGGCGAUACCAUCAGCAGCAGCAACCCCACGGAUAACAGCAGCGGUGAUAGCAGCAACAUCCGCAAAAGAAAGGCGGCAGAUGACGAAAUUCUAACCAAGACAAGCAGACCAAACCACAAUUGUUAGCUGAAAAAAGAUUAUUUGACAGCCAAUCUUUUUUCCUUUCUUGGUUCUUCAUCUUAAUCGGGUUUCUGACAUCUGAUUUGUAUGUAAAACCUAUGCUAGCUCUAGUAAACGGAUACUGCUUGAAUCCA